AAGAAGUGCCCGGUCCGAUCGAGCCCGUCCAUCGUCGUACUUCACUAUUUCAUUUGCACGAAAGUUAUAUUGCGUACGGAAUAGAUGCAGAGGAAUCAUUUUGCUUCCGUCUAUCGAGUAGAGUGGUCGUGCUUCAUCCAGGGAUCCUCCCCGGGGUUUGUCAGAACAAUUUCGUUGCAAUUCAGGCCCGGCACUACCGUCCAGUGAAACGGUACCUCUUACGUUUGAAUUUCCAUAUACUGCCAAUUUGUGUGUGAGGAAAAGUUUAAAUGAUUCCUAAAUUGUUCCAACAAGCGUCGGCUGGAGUGUAGCAUUUUCAUUGCUGUAUGCUUCUCUGGUGUUCUUCCACCCGGUUCGUCAGAAUUAAUCGUAAAGAGAAAUAAUUGCAGCUGAUCGCGAUUGUAGAAAAAUACACGUGAAGUUAUAAAAGGCAAUAAAAGAAACAAGGAUUGGAGUUUGCCGAAAUUUACAUUCAGCGGUGCGAAAUAUCGAUCCAGUUGGAACUUCCAAGCGCUGCAACAACAGUUUUACAGUAUUGGUUUUAACAACAAAAAAUAUACCUCAAAAGUGUAGUGAUUGUUUUUUUUUUCUACGGGGUUUAUGCUAUGUGAGUGAAUGCUAUUCGUUUUUUUUUGCAUGAUUUAUAAACAUAAAGUGAGCGCAAAGUAUACGUUUUGAGGAAGAUUCGGUCCAUGUGUGGUAUUUAUCUAAUUUGUCUUAUCUUGAAUGUUCGAAGAAGUUGGUGUUUCGAAGCUUCAUUUAGCUGAACCGACGUCCUAGGAAAAAAAAAAUCUAACAGAAGAAUUGACCGAUCGUGCGCGGUGUGAGAUUGAAAAGCUGAUAGUUUUCGAAUCAUCUGAUAGCAGUUCUACAACCGCACCGGUUCGCUGGAGUGUGAUUACCUCACAGCUCACAAUUUGUACACAUCGAAAUCGAAGUUUUUCAAUCAACCAACCAGAGGGCUGACGAGCCAGCUGUCUGUGGCCGCGUUGGAGAAUACAGUUUAUAGAUAAAAAAAUGACCAGUCGAGUUAUUGUGAUAUGCCUAUUGGCACACCUUGUGGCCAACAGUGUUCUUGCGGCACCUAUAGAACGCUCGCAACUUCUCUCCUCCAUCCAAGCAAUUCAACGUAAAUAUGCGUCGAUGGAGUCAGAAGAGGCGCCCUCCAAAGAAAAAAUAGGUACCGAGUUGGAGAACAACAACGAUAGCAAACCGGAAGUUGACGUUGAUAAUAUCGAAAACAUGGAAUCCACAGUAGAAAGUGUGGAAAAUGGUACACCAAAGGAAAUGCUUCGUAAAGGCAAGAUUUUAAAAUCAACUCUUGCGGAAGAUCUCACAGCUCAAGGAUCUCAGAGGAAAAAUAAAAUGUUUGGAUUCUAUGGGUACUAUCCUCAACCGACGUACCCUCAACCAAUGGCAUAUCCAUCAUACUAUCCUCUAGAAUACUACGAUGAUUAUAUUCCAUUGGAAAACUACCCGAACAUCAACUCAUUGGUUAACUUUCAAAACUACCAACAGAACAUGGCGGCAUAUCAACAGAACAUGGCUGCCUUCCAAAAUUUGAACAAUUUCCAACUACCAAACGUCCCUUCUACCAGCAUUCCAAGUCUAAACAAUAUAGACAACAAUCAGGCAGCUCAAGACUAUCAGAACCUUGCCCAAUAUUCAAAUGGUGAAAAUAUGGACGAUGAAGAAAUUCUGUCACGAACCAACCAAGGUGUUCGCCGUCGGCCAAACCAGAAGAACUCACCAAUUUAUUAUAUCCGACUGCCUCCUACCCCUUAUAUGUUCGUGCCUGGACUGGGCUACAUCUCGCAACCGCCAACCAUCCAGCCGAUGACUCCUGCUGUCCAUCAGUACCCUCAGUUGGCUCCACCGGUGAAUAUGAGCCCCUUCUACAACGUUCCGGUUAACUUCGUAUCCAACGGAAAGCCCUCUGGAAUUUACCAAUGGAGUGGGGCGCCAUCUCCUGCUCCAAUGCCGCAGCCAGCGUACGCGCUUCCAUAUCCCGUCGCAAGACCACCACCAAUCCGCCCGGCGUUCCGGCCAAAUCCAUUCGUGCAGGACUCCAAAAUUACCCAUCUGAAGGGUCCGUUCAUUUUCAACGGCAGACCCGAAGAGAUCUUCCUACUGCAAAAUUCCAUCAACCCAUUCUUCCAGGGUCCGCUGAACCCGAUCAGUCCCAUCAAUGGGUAUUACUAGAAUGUGAUAAUGUGUAUCAUUGUGUGUCAUUGGUUAGCUAAGAAAGAGCUUUGUGACAUACACACGCGUAAUUGUCGCAUAUUGAACGCGACCAUGUGCGACUGAUUUGUUAUGCAAGUAUGGUGGGUUUCGCAUUCGUAGCAUUCAUUAUGGUUUUCGACUGAAUUUCAAGUGCUUUGAAAGCAUCUACAGCGAUCUACAGUGUAAUAUGUAACAACGUUUCAGCGGUCACCCCUAAUUUAACCUUCCGGUACUUACACGGUCCUGGAUCACUCACGCAGUCUCGCCGCUCUUGUGAACGACAACCGUGCUUUUUCCAAGGUGUACGAGUCCCGGAAGGUUAAAAGAUGAAAUUUAUAUAUGAAACACACUUGGCAAUCAUGUUUAACUGAUAUAUAGAUUAGUUUCAAGGAAAAUUCUUAAUAUUUUCAAGAUAUUAUAAAAAGAAAUGGUUGGCUGAAAAUUCAAUCUAAAAAUUUAUAAAACAGUCGUAAGAAAAGUCAACUCCUUAGUAAUCUGAGAGAUAAUCUGUAUCACGCUUGAAAAGGUGUAGAUAUCUCAUUUGAAAUUCAAUGAUUCUGUUAAUUGCUAUUUUGAGAAGUUAAUUUUUCUUUAUGCUAAACAUUCUAAUCAUUCCUACGAUAACAUUUGUAGAAGCUUCAAUAGAUUGUCUGUAUGGUAGUGCAAACUUUAGUAUUUAAUUCCAAAUGUUACUUCUACUCUUUUGAUAGCUCACAUAUUUGAAUAUUAUUUUUUUAUCCUGGCUUAUGCUUCCUUACUGUUAUGGUCUAUAUAUGCGUUUAAAAAAAAGAAAAAGAUAAUCUUCUACACUUUUACCAUUCUAAUGUUUUAUGUAGAGUCGAGUCAACUUAAAGAUAAGCCAUUAUUUAGCAAAACUUCCAAAUUUGAUUUGUUCAUUUAUGAUUUGCGUAUAUUUAACUAAAAAUUUAACAUCCAAGUCAAGCGAAACGUGUUCAAAAUACAAGCUCACUCAAAGCUUCAGAAUAAGUUCCACUAAACAUUUGUACGCAACUUUUUACAUCCCACAAUUGCACAUAACUUUCGAAUGCAACAACUUCUACGAAAUGCGAAACUUUGCCACAAUAAAUCCUACUUGCUCCCAAGUGCCUCAAACUAAUUGUAAAGCUCUCGUCGUGCAUAAUUUAUAUCGUAGCACAUCUGAUGUCUUCCACGAUCCGUCCUUCUCUUUCGAGUCUUACGAAAGCUCUCUAGCGGUCAUACGCAUGUUGAAACGAAUUUACCUUAUAAGGAUGAUAUUGGGCACAAUCUUGUAUGCAAUAAAUCUACAGUAAGAGUGCGGCACAACUUGAUGAAAUGUUUCCCGCAAGCGCACAAAUCUAGUUUUAGAUUAUGUUGCGCAACAUUUUUGUGCGACUUGGGGAAUAUUUCAUUGACUUGGUGUCUUGUCCUAACUUAUUGACUUAACGACAAAGCGUAGCUUAGCGUUUCCAUUAAUGUAUUUAUAUAGGAUUAAUUUUUCGAUUCGGUCGAUGAUUUGUGCUUCACAACAAUCAGUUAGAAAAAUUUAACACUUUGUUAUAAAUCGAGCUCAAUUUAUAAUACUAGAAGAUAGAGUAGCAUUCGAUCAUGCAAUUAGAAACAUGAACAAAAUAAAACUAACAAAACGAAUUCAAUAGCGAGUAUUCAAUACAAAGUAAUAGUGCUAAACGAUAGGCAUUAUAGUUAAACAUGAGUUAAGCAAUUCGAAUUUCAAUACUUGUCAGAAUAACAAAAAACGUAACUAUAUAUCGAUGUUAAUAAAACCAAUAUUAAUAUAUUAUAACUAUUAUCGUUUUGAUUCCCAUUUUGGAAAUGUUCAAAAUUGUUUUUGAAUUGUCUUAAGAAUAUCGGUAAGCUAUUAAUUAUUUCAAGCUUAAGAUUUGCUGAAAGUAAGUUUCAACAUUGCUAAAGUUUGAUUAUUAAGAAACUUUAAAAAAAUGUAGUAUUGUAGUAAAUAGGUGAACAACAAAUUGUACUGAUUACGUGUAGAAAAUAAAAGUAGUCUUCUAAUA